AUGGCUGCUACCAAAUCACCAUCACCAAAUUACUCUGCCACCAAGUCCAAUACAACCAUCAACAACCUUUCCGAGGAUUCCCUCACCGAAAUCUUCUGUAAACUCCCUUGCAAAUCCCUUUUCACAUGCAAAAGCAUCUCAAAGCGUUGGUUGACACUCAUUUCCAAUCCCAAUUUUCAUUCCUUAUACCUCACUCACCAAUACAACCUUUUCCGAAAAAUUCAAGCCCAAGGAGACGACCCCGACCAACCUAGCUUCAUCCUAAAGCCGUACAACGCCCUCGUCAUAACACCAAAUUUACCCUCUCUACAACUUGGGCCUCUUGAAAAUCACCUCUCUCUAACUUUCCUAGGCCCAGAUUUUGAACCCACUAACAUCGUACCACAAUUACGAUCUGUCUUGAAGUUUGUCUUCGCAUGUUCCAACGGUUUGCUCAUAUACGGAAACCCGCGUCCACGCCAUAAAUGCAUAUACCACAUUCGUAACCUACUUACAAAGGAAUCGUUGGAACUCCCAUGCGCUCUAACUCUUUGUGACCACGCUGGGGUUCUUGUGGGUUUCACGUGCGACCCUUAUUAUCGCGUUGAAACUGAAAAGGUUAAGGUCUCUAUUGUUUCCACUUCUCAACGUAGGUUUAGGGUUGUUCGCAUCCCUGCCUUUAGUGACACGAGGUUUGCGUUUGAUGUUGAGGUUUUUUAUUCCGAGACAAGGAAAUGGAACCGGUUUUUAGUGUCGUGUCCAAAGGGGUUUGCGUGCGGGUUUUUUCUCACAGCAUCGAGUGUUGAAUAUGAAGGGACGUUGUACUUCAUGGGUGGAGGAAGGAUCCUUGUGUACAACCCUUAUGAUAACGAACGAAUGGCUUCGGUGAUUGACCUUCCUAGGGGCUUUGGUGAAGCGUAUAGAGGGUGCCUUGGAGUUACCUCUGGAAAGUUGCAAUUAUCUGAGUUCCCGAUUUCACCCUCUAGUGCCUUUGGUGAAGCGUAUAGUGGGAAGGUUUGGGAACGGAAACAUUGUUAUUGUGGGAAGGGAGAAGAAACAACAACAUGGGAAUUGGUGCAUGAGUUUUCUCUCUCUAAUAUUAUUGGGGCAGGUUUUGAAGAGUUAAAAGCCUCGGAGGGUGAACACGUGAAGGGGUGUAGUAGGAUUUUGGCUUUCCAUCCGUAUGUUAAGGAUACCGUGUUUUUGAAGUUUGGUGAUAAUAUCCUAUGUUGCAAUUUGAUUACACGAAGGUUCAAGGUUUCCAAAUAUGGUGGUCUCUCCUUGCUUUUUUACCCAGUGAUCCCAGUUGUGCUACCUUGGUGGCCAACUCCGAUUCCUUCGCCACCUUUAUUGAUUAAUCGCUUUGUAUAG